AUAGUGAAUAUAAAAAGUAAUUUUCAACUAAUGAAGUUAAUUGCUCAUCACUCCAGAAUAAAGAAAAUGUUAGUGCCCCAGCCAUUUCUGUCACCGGUUUGCAAGGUCGGUCCUUACCCACUUGAUAUCAUAUCCACCGCCGCAUCCCUCCACUUCAGCCACCGUCUCUCCCACCAUCUCCGCCUUGAGUUUCUACUCCGUUCCUGUUUCAAGAAACUUGCUCCCGUGCUUAGAUUGAAGGACAAAUGGUGUCAAAGAUUCCUUCAGCACAAAGGAUUGAAUUAUCUUCAAUUCUCAAGUGAUGGUUUGACUUCCACAUGUUCAACUAGUUUCUCUUUCUUUAAUGGGGAAAGACCUGAAGCCCACUUUGGAAAUGCUGACUCGAAUAUGUCUCGAAAAAAUCCAUUUAGUGGAAGGAAGUUGACAAAUAUUCUCCUUGCUGCCAAUGUUUUAGUUUAUUUUGCGCAAUUUGCAACCCAAGGUAGCCUUUUGUUGUGGGGAGCAAAGAUAAACAGUCUCAUUGACAAAGGACAACUUUGGAGACUUGUUACGUCUUCCUUUCUGCAUGCAAACAUUGGACACCUUAUGGUAAAUUGUUAUUCCCUAAAUUCAGUCGGUCCAACUGUGGAGAGCUUCAGUGGUCCUCGCAGAUAUCUUGCAGUUUACUUUGCCUCUUCAAUUGCAAGUGCAGCUAUGAGUUAUCGGUUCUGCAAAAUGCCUGCAGUAGGUGCAUCAGGAGCAAUUUUUGGACUAGUUGGAUCGAUUGCGGUCUUUGUUUUAAGGCACAAAGACCUUGUAGGAGGUGGUAGAAAAGACCUGCAGCACAUUGCACAAGUAAUUGCCCUCAACAUGGUCAUUGGGUUAUCAUCAAAUGGCAUAGACAACUGGGGACAUUUAGGAGGCUUGAUUGGUGGAAUUGCUGCAUCUUGGUUUAUUGGACCUGCAUGGAAACACGAGUCCACAACGAUAGGUGGAAGAAGACUUUUCAUCGACAAAGCACCGAUGUAUAAUCUCUUGAAGAUUACAAGACCUAAGCAAUGGAAAUAGAAACAUUUCAAUGGUCAAUUUGAUUACAACCUAACAAAUAGUUGCUCUCAGUGUUACUUGUAUAAUGAUAAUAAUACCCUGUUGUAAGGUUCUGUUAUGAAAAUAUUUGAAUAGUGGUUUUGUAUUGCAAAGAGAUAAUUCGAUUACCUUUCACACAGGGACAUUUUUGUGCUUGGAUAAGGAAGAUUGGUUCUCCAUGAUCCAAUAUAUUUUUGAAAUUAUUGAUAUAGUAUUAAAUAUAA